AUGUUAAAUUCAAAGAAUCUCCGUGAAUCUGGUGGAUCAGAGAAUGAUUCUGUACAGGAGUUGGAAGAUUAUGCUGUUCACAAGGCUGAGGAGACUACGAAAUCGGUCCAGAAUUGUUUAAAGAUAGCAGAGAACAUAAGAGAGAAUGCUACCAAGACAUUUGUCACCCUUCAUCACCAGGGUGAGCAAAUUACUAGGACUCACCAUGUCGCCGCGGACAUUGAUGGACAUUUAAGUCGGGGAGAAAAGCUUUUGAGAAGUCUUGGUGGCCUCUUCUCCAAAACUUGGAAACCAAAGAAGACACGUAAAAUUACAGGCCCAGUUAUUUUUGGAGACGACGCGGUCAGAAGAAAAGUAAGCCACUUAAAACAGAGAGAGAAGUUGGGAUUGCCUUCGGCAUCCAAAGGGCAGUCCAGGCUGCGGACUCCACCUCAAGAACCAACAGUUGCACUUGAAAAAGUCGAGUUUGAAAAAGGGAAUCAAGAUGAUGCACUGUCAAAUUUAAGUGAUCUAUUGGGAGAGGUAAAAGACAUGGCUGUUCACAUGGGAUCAGAAAUUGAGAGGCAAAACAAAGCCUUGAGUCAUUUCGAAGAUGAUGUGGAUGAGUUGAAUUUCAGAUUGAAAGGUGCUAAUCGACGUGCUAAUCGUUUACUUGGAAAUUAA